AGUUUGAAGCCGGCUCCCGCCCCAGUGGGCGGGUUUUCGCAGGGGUGCGGGGGUCACGGCCAGGGCUUCGCACCAGUUACUGAGGCGCUCGGGUGGUUUCUGCUGCCCGACUCUGACUGCAAGUGGCGGACUGACGCGGCCCAGCUGCAGCAUCCAGGGGAAGACAUGCCAACUGCCAAGCAGUUAGCUGACAUUGGCUACAAGACCUUCUCUGCCUCCAUGAUGCUGCUCACUGUGUACGGGGGUUACCUCUGCAGUGUCCGAGCCUACCGGUAUUUCCAGCUGCGCAGUGCCAGGCGCCAGGCCGCAGAAGAACAGAAGACAUCGGGAGUCCUGUAGAGCUCAGUCUUUCCUUCUGAGCAGCAGGCUUGAGGCACGAGAUGGAAAGACCUCCCCUGCACAUCUUCCACGGCAAGAGCUAGGGCCACGAUGGCUCUCCAGCCUGCUGGACUAAAGUGCUGUGGUGUGUGUGGUCCUCCCGGCUUGUGCCGUUCUGACAGGUCGCGGAGGCUGUCAGAUAAAUGGCGGUGUGAGGCUGAGGCUCAUUACAGAGAUUAAAUAUUUUGCCAUG